AUGAUUGCUACUGCCGAAAAUCACCGCCAGAUUACAAAACCCAUCGUCGGGCUAAGAAGGGUUCUCGGAGCCAGCCCCCUGGCGGAGGGAGGGGGCUACCGCCGGGGCGUGGGGGCGGAACGGGGGAGGGACUGGCGGAACCCCCGAGCGGGAUGCCGCCUGGGUGAGAGGGGGGGCAAGGUCCGCCUGGCAGAAGUGGGGGACAGGAGCCCCUUCUGCCUGGCGGAGGUGGGAGAAUCGGGCCCCUCCCGCCGGGCAGAGAUGGGGGGAAACGCCCCCCUUCCGCCGAGUGCAGACGGGGGAAUUGGGGAAGCGGCUGGGGAGUCUGAUGCCCGCGAAAUCCUGAGGGCGUGUGGCAAAGAGAUGGGGUUACCAGAGGGCAUGUGGUACCGUGGCGUGCCCUGCACCCCAGUGUCGACCAUCAAGUGCGGGACUGACGGCAAUGCCAUCGGCAUGUGA